CACAUAUCAUACGUUGUUGACUGUUGGAGUCUGUCUGGAUAAGGUGUGGCACCAGAGCUGUCCCCUGCAGGUGUGCAGGCAGGAGGAUACACAGUACAGACCCGACACCACCUGCUGUUACACGGAGAAGAAAUCCCUUGGGCACCGCCGGAGUCUCAGAGGAAGAUGAACUGGAGCUUUUUGGAGAAUGUCCUCAGUGGGGUGAACAAAUACUCCACUGUGAUCGGGCGCAUUUGGCUCUCUGUGGUCUUUCUCUUCAGAAUCUUGGUUUAUGUGGCAGCAGCUGAGCAGGUGUGGAAGGAUGAGCAGAAGGAUUUUGUGUGCAACACCCAGCAGCCCGGCUGUGAGAACGCCUGCUUCGACCACUUCUUCCCCAUCUCACAGGUGCGUCUGUGGGCCCUGCAGCUUAUCAUGGUGUCCACCCCAUCCAUGCUGGUUGCCCUGCAUGUGGCCUACAGGGAACACCGAGAGGCCAAACACAAGCGAAAACUGUACCAGGACAAAGGGAGCAUUGAUGGAGGUCUGUUCUGCACUUACACAGUCAGCUUGGUCUUCAAGAUAUCCUUUGAGGUGGGCUCCUUUGCUCGCUUUCUACUUCCUGUACAACGGCUUUGA